AUGUCGCACGACAGGUCGAGGUCUCCAUCGACCCCUUCUGAGGGCGAGAUCAUCGAAUCAGGUUCGGAGAUGAAGGCAACUACGUCACAACCUCCUCUUAAUGGCACCAGCGUUGUUGACCGUCCAACCAGAGCUAGUACUUCCUCUGCGCCCAGAUCCCCCGCGUCGCUGAGGAGCAGUCGCUCGCCACGCCGCCGGCGGUCGAAGACGAGAUCUCGCUCGAGAUCCCGCUCCCCCUACCGGGACUCCAGAGGUUACAAGCGCAGACGCGAGGAUGACUAUGAUCAUCACUACGACGGUCGACCCUCGCGCCAUGAGCCUCCACCGCCGCCGCGCCGCAGACACGAUGACAGACCCUAUGACCGAGGGACCCGGCGGCCGAAAUCUUACUACGACUACGAUCGCGAGGAGAAUCACGGUGGCGGAUUGCGGUAUUCCGAUGACUACGAUCGACGCAGAGACAAGCGGCAGCGCACUCGCAGCAGAUCGCCGUACCGUGAAACGAGGAAGCCGAAGCAGUACACGGGUGAUGAACUAGUUGUGGGUGCAGCGCCUCUAGCAGGAGAACAGUUAGUGAACGAGGGACGAACGCCAGCGGUCACCGCUCGGAAUUCAAAGCUUGGUGCUGAAACUCGGGAGAAUCAGGUUGGCAAAGCCUCUUCGCUCCACGCCCGCGUGACCGAUGAAACGGACACCUCGGUCGCAGGAGAAAGCGCUGAAGAGCCGGAGCUCUCCGAACCAGUUGAUGAGGCUGCUGCAUUGGAAGCCCGUCGCAAACGCCGAGAGGCCAUUCGGGCCAAGUAUCGAGGGCAAGCGAACCCGUUACAACUGAAAGCCCUGCACAUCGGCGACGGCGAGACGGAUUCGUCCACGCCCGGCACCGAAGUUCUUAGUGCACAGAGCCCGUUGGAUUCUCCCCAUCGUUCCCCAUCUCAAACUCCUGCGGAGUCCUUUUCUGAUUUCAAGAUUGGAAAAGAUACCGACCUGGUUAACUCCAACGCUCCUGUGAACGGCGUUGAUAAAGACGAACCUUCUGCAGCUGAUUACGACCCGACUCUUGAUAUGAAGGAAGAGAGGGAGAAACUUGAUGGUAGCAGGGAAGGGGACCUCUCAUCCGCAGCGUACGAUGAAACCCAAACCGUGAAGCAGGAUCUCCUCCUCCCAGAUGCACCGGCGGAGCAAUCGGCACCACCACCCCCGCCAAAAGCAAAGGACCCGUAUGAUAUGUUCGCCGAAGACGACGACGACAUGUUUGCGGAGGACACACAUGACGAGCAACCCGCGCAUGCGUCAGCGAUGUCUGCGGUACCCCAGCCCAAAGAGUUGGAUAUCAGCAUGAUGGACAACUGGGAUGACCACGAAGGGUACUAUAAAGUGCGACUUGGAGAGCUGAUCAACGGCCGAUACCACGUCCAGCAGAACCUCGGCAAGGGAAUGUUCUCGUCAGUUGUGCGCGCAACCGACUCGAAGACGGGGGCUUUGGUGGCUGUCAAGAUCAUCCGGCAGAACGAUACAAUGCGCAAGGCCGGUAUGAAAGAGAUUGGAAUCUUGGAGCAACUCCACGAGGCCGAUCCCGACGACAAGAAACAUCUCAUCAAGUUCGAGCGGUAUUUCGACCACAAGGGUCAUUUGUGCAUGGUGUUUGAGAACCUGAGCAUGAAUCUGCGCGAGGUUCUGAAGAAGUUUGGACGAGACGUCGGCCUGAAUCUGCGUGCGAUACGAGCCUAUGCUCAGCAGAUCUUUCUUGGCCUGAGCCUUAUGCGCAAGUGCAAUAUUCUGCACGCUGAUUUGAAACCAGACAACCUUCUCGUGAACGAGCAGCGCAACGUGCUGAAGGUCUGCGAUCUGGGGUCUGCAUCCCCAGCCUCGGAGAACGAAAUCACGCCAUACCUCGUCAGUCGAUUCUACCGGGCCCCGGAGAUCAUCCUGGGCAUUCCAUACGACUACGCGAUCGACGUCUGGUCCAUCGGAUGCACGCUCUUCGAGCUGUACACGGGCAAGAUCCUCUUUACUGGCCGAAACAACAACCAGAUGCUCCGCUCGAUCAUGGAAUGCCGGGGCAAGUACCCGCCGAAGCUCCUCCGGCGCGGCUCUCUGGCGCACCUCCACUUCGACGACAUGCUCAAUUUCCACAGCACCGAGCAAGACAAGAUCACCGGGCGGCCUGUCACGCGCAUCGUGGACUUCAAAAAACCCACGCGCGACCUCAAGACGAGGCUGAUGGGCAAGGGCACGCGAGGGAUGGAGGACGGCGAGGCCAAGGAUCUGGCUCUGUUUGUGGAGUUCUUGGACCGGUGCUUGACCCUCAAUCCCGAGAAGCGGAUCACACCCACAGAUGCGCUGAAGCAUCCAUUCCUGGCGCGCAAGGUUUAG